AUGGCCUCACAGUAUAGCGUCCGCAAGGUCGCUGCCCCCAACACCUUGGAGCAUCGAGUCUACAUCGAGAAGGAUGGCGUUCCCGUAUCGGCUUUCCACGAUAUUCCCCUCUUUGCUAACGCCGAGCAAACCGUCCUCAACAUGAUCGUCGAGAUCCCUCGAUGGACCAAUGCCAAGCUUGAGAUUUCCAAGGACGAACUUCUCAACCCUAUCAAGCAAGACAUCAAGAAGGGCAAGCUACGAUAUGUCCGCAACUGCUUUCCCCACAAGGGUUACCUAUGGAACUACGGUGCCUUCCCUCAGACCUGGGAAGACCCCAACUCGAUUCACCCCGAGACCAAGGCCAAGGGAGACAACGACCCUCUUGAUGUCUGCGAGAUCGGUGAGCUGGUUGGCUACCCCGGCCAGGUCAAGCAGGUCAAGGUGCUUGGUGUCAUGGCUCUGCUCGACGAGGAGGAGACCGAUUGGAAGGUCAUCGUCGUCGACGUGAACGACCCCCUGGCACCCAAACUCAACGACGUUGAGGAUGUCGAGCGACACCUUCCCGGUCUUUUGCGGGCUACUAACGAAUGGUUCCGUAUCUACAAGAUCCCCGAUGGAAAGCCCGAGAACCAGUUCGCAUUCACUGGUGAAUGCAAGAACAAGUCCUAUGCUUUGGACGUCAUUCGCGAAUGCGGCGAGGCAUGGGAGAGAUUGAUUACUGGCAAGACUCAGCCCGGCGGUAUCUCUACGACCAACCUAAGCGUCAACCACUCGCCGAGCCGUGUCAGUUCCGAGCAGUUGCCUCCUCUGCCGCCCAACGAGGAGAUCCCCCCUGAGAAGAUCGACAGCUCGAUUGACAAGUGGUUCUUCAUCAGCGGUGCUGCCGCAUAA